AUGAAAUGUUCAGAGGAUAAUUUUAAAAAAGAGAAUUUUGAAUCAAAUUCUUUUAAUACAAAACGGACAAGUACAGAUAUUUUAUAUGAAAUUGAAGAUAAUAAACGGCUUAAACUUGGAGAAGAAUCUUUAAAAAAUGAAGAAAAAACUAAAUCUAGGAAACCGAAGAAAAAAGUUGCAUGUUUUAUUGGAUAUUGUGGAACAGGAUAUCAUGGGAUGCAAGUUAAUGAUCCAAAUCGCACAAUAGAAGGAGAUUUAUUCAAAGCAUUUGUUGAUACAGGAGCUAUUUCAGAAAUGAAUGCAGAUGAUCCGAAAAAAUCCUCUCUAAAUCGCGCAGCACGUACAGACAGGGGUGUACAUGCAGCAUGUAAUGUCUUAUCAUUAAAACUAAUUAUUGACCAACCAAAUCUUUUGGAAAGAAUCAACGCAGCACUUCCAGAGACAAUACGGGUUUGGGGAGUAUCUCGGACAUUAGGAUCGUUUAAUCCAAGAACAUUCUGUGAAGCACGUAUCUACGAAUAUUUGGUUCCAUCUUAUGUAUUUAUUCCUCCAUAUCCAAUGACCCAUUUAGCCCAACGUAUUACCAAACAUAGAGAAAUGAUAAAUUCUAAAGAAAAUGGCGACUGGAUUAAUGGAAAUGAAUACUUAUUAUAUUGCAAAGAUACGAAAAGUAUAUGGUCUGAUGAAAAAAUACAACAUUUAGAGAAAAUGAUUAAUAAACCAUCUACAUCAACUAAAAAUGUGGACGAAAAAAACGAAGAAACAUCUAAUAUAUCCUCUCAACCUCAUGAACUUCUAGAAAAAGAAAAGAUAAAACAAAUAGAGCUAGGUAUAGGAAAAGCAUAUCGAAUAUCAAGUGAACGCCUUCAACUAAUACGUGAUGCAUUCAAAAUAUUCGAGGGAAGUCAUAAUUUCCAUAAUUUUACAGUUGGAAAAACAUUUAAUAAUAAAAGCGUUUAUCGUUUGAUAAAAUCCUUUACAAUUUCCGAUCCAAAAUUAAUACAAAACAUGGAAUGGAUUUCUAUUAAAAUACAUGGUCAAUCUUUUAUGUUACAUCAAAUCAGAAAGAUGGUAGCAUUAAUUAUACUUGUUGUUCGUUGUGGAACUCCACUAUCUUUUAUACCAAAAACAUUUAAAUCAACACGUUUUAAUAUUCCCAAAGCACCAGGAUUUGGAUUGUUACUUGAAAAACCCAUUUUUACAGGCUAUAAUAAACGAGCGGAAAGAAUGAAACGAGAAAUACUUGAUCCUUCUUUAUACGAAAAGGAAAUUCAAACAUUUAAGGAAACAUAUAUUUACCAUAAAAUAUUUUCUGAAGAAUCUAAAGAAAAUCUCUUUAGAAGUUUUUUAAAUUAUAUUGAUUUAUCUACAACCAAUGAUUUUGAUUAUUUAACUUUACCAAUAGAGCAAUUGACUAAACAUUUAGAAAAAAAUAAUCAUAUUUUACCUAAUGAGAUAAAGUGCAAUGAAAAUAGCUAA